CUAAUAGUUGAGUAAAAAAAUGGAACAACUACUAAAGUGAGAAACCGAGGAUGGCAGUAUGAUGGUAAUUAAAUUCAGGGGGGAGGGGUAUUAAUUUUUCCGUAGAUUCACUAUUGUAUUAUUUUGGCUGUAUCUAAGCAAUUAUUUUACUUAUAAUUUUUCUUUCUUUUAUCAAUAAUCCAUUGCUGUCUUUGCGAAAAGUCAUGACCAUUAUCUCGUAUGUGGUUGACAUUUUAUGUCCCAAAAGAAACUAGUGUUUUAAAGAAAUUUUAUGGCUACGUUAUGGGCACAUUUACAUGCUUGGAUGUUCAAAAAAGAUGAUAAAAAUUAUGAUGAUAUUGGGGUCCAUGUGUAUCAUGAUAAGACAUCAGUUUUGAAGGAUGAUAUCUAUAUGUUUGGUCGACAAAGAUGGGAUGAAAGUCGUGAUGUUACUUGGAUUGUUAAAAACAAGAGGCCGGAAAGACUUAAAGAUAGUAUCAUAGAAAUUAAGGAGCUAAUUGAAUCGUAUGAAGUUGUCAAUGUAAAAUGGAACAGUGCUCAAUUUCUGCAAGUUCUAAUGAGCAAUUGUACAAUGAUAUCAUUCUUUGUUGCUAAGAACUUUGGUGAUGUUGAAAAAAUAUUCAUUGAUAAGUCAUUAUGCGGAAGAAUAAGUGACCGUAUAAAUGCUGGUCUGUGGUCUGAUGACUUUAUGGUGUUGUCUUUUUACGACAAGCUUAAAAUCGCUUGUAUAAACUUUGCUCGCAAGUUACCAGGAGAUUACAGGCGACUUGAGAAACUUGCUGCACUGGAUCCUAAAAUCACAUGGAUUGAUCUACCUGGGCAAGCAGGUCGACGUCUUCAUCGAUAUUUGAGUUUGAAUUCCUCUCGUGACAUGGUUUCUGUAUCGUGGUCAUUAGCAAGUGAGGAAGCAUGGCCUUGGUCUCCUGUAGCUGGUGAUCGGGCAAGAGCCAACUUGAUUGUGAUUGACGUAAAAGGAGGCAAGUUUGAUGUACUUGCUUAUCUACGGACAGAUUGUGAUCCUAUUUACACAUCAUUCAGCGUUCAAAAUCCUCAUCAUAUUCUUACGAUUGAAUCAACGCCAAAAAACGACAACGAUCACAGCAUUGACAGUUGUGUUUACAAGUUUCACAGAAAUGCUGUGAGGAAAUUAAACGCGAUUUCUAUUCCUCUAAAAGCCCCCGUUUCAUGUGUUUCAUGGAACCAUUCUGAAGAUAAAUUGCUCCUUGGAUGUAAAGAUAAAAAUUUGAUCAUGUACGAUUGCCACAGGCUGCUCACGCAAACGACUAAAAUAACUUUUGUUCCUCGUACCUUAUCAUGGCAUCCUUCUGGCACUGUUGUUUUCAUCCUAAGUCAAAACGGUGACAUUCAAGUGUUUGAUAUGGCAUUGGCCCCAAUCUUUCUUCAGCUUGCGCGAGAAGAUCCUGGGGGAUCUGAAAUCCUACACAUUGGCGACAUUUUCGUAGAUGUUAAUUUAUGUCACGUGGCAUGGUCCUCGGAUUCUCCCGUGGAGACUGAGACCGAAAUAGCGUGCUGCGAUAAUCUUUUUAUGGUUUUUCAAGACAAAAGUUUGUUGUGUAACUUGAAACUCGACUUAGGCUCCGCGAGACGCGGUCGUCUUGGUCCGCAAGAAAUGAUUGAAGAAUAUAUCAAGCACAAUCAGGCAGAGGAGGCUGUAAAUUUUGUGAACAGUAUAAACUGGAAUGCUGAUGGGAAUAACUGUUUCGUUUGCCUGUCUGCCGUCAUGAAUUAUUUAUUAAAAUUUCCUCUCACUGGAGAAAGAGAAGGCUUGCUAGAGGAAACGUUAGGAUGUUUCUACGCUCCUUCAAGACCAAUAAAUGACGUCAUUGUUCUUCAGUAUCGUGAUCCGUUGAGCAGAUGGUCGCGAAAAUUUUUUUAUCACUUAUUACGAUAUAAAAGAUUUCAGAAAGCCUUCAUGCUUGCUGUAGAUAUUGGAGCAGUUGACUUGUUUAUGGAUAUUCAUUUCGCUGCUUUGGAUUCUGGGUUGAUUUCUCUCGCAGAAAAUGCCAAGAACAAAGCUUUGGAAAUAGAUAAUGAAUUACAAACCAGCGCUACUGAAACAGACAGUUCUUCCGGUGUUGAGGAUGACGAAGCUCUAUCAUUUGAGGAAGAAACGUUCAAAAUUACGAGAGCUUCUUAUUUCAGUGGAGCAUAUGGUAACUCUUUAUCCAAUCAAUCUGAAGUUUACAGUACUUCGAACGAAAUCACGCAGACAAAUGGAGUAAUUGAAGAGAGGCAGACAGUGAACGCGUUGAACGUGGUUGAUGUGGUCAAUUCUAACCAAUCGAUAGCGUUAUUUCAACCACCUUUAAAUACAAAUAUCACGCAAGAUCCUGAAGUGUGGGCUCUUGCUAAUAACAUUGAACUAGAAACUACGGAAAACGAAGACGAAGCUGUAAUAUAUCUUUGAUCUUAUUUUACUGUCUUCAAUAACAGGUAUUUUAUAUAUGUACGUAUAUGCAUAACUGUAGAUAAUAAGUAGAUAGUAACUUGUGCCAUAAACACUAAUUUGCAUUUUGAAAAUUUUGAUAUCAAAGUAUCCAGAUGUUUUUA